CUCGGCUUCCACUGGGGCAAACUGUCCCUCUUACAGCCUUGGUUGUACUAUUCGUCUUUAUCUCAGGACAGCCAUCAAGUGUGUACCGAAGGAUUAUUAAUCUGCAGCCAACCUCUCUCUGUGGCAAUCAGCUAACAGUGCCUGAAUGAAUUCCAGUGAGCAACAGCUUUCCUUUGUAACAAAAGAGAAAACCCCGCUGCCUAUCUACCCACAGGCUUCUGCCCUCCCCACACAAAAGUGAGGACAUGGAGACAUUCUUCAAAAGACAUUUCAGGAAAGCAAAACCCGCCACAUCUGUUUUCAAGCUGCCGAACGGUGGCAGGCGGACAAAUAGGCGUGCGAGUGGGGCAGUGCCGGGUAGUAAAGUGCGGCGGCGAUCGAGUGUGGGAAUGCCCUCGGCCACGCUGGUACAGAGGCGCCGGUCCAGUGUGCAGACGCAGGGCCCAGUCCUUUACUCGGCCCGGUCGGGGAGUGCAGCCCCGAAAAGCAUCAGAACCCGCCGGAGAUCCAGCACCACCGCCCUUCACCUCAACCCCCGGUUUGCCGUCAAGAGGAGGUAUGGCGGCAAACUGCGAACCAUUGACACCCAACUGCUGGGGCCAUCCAUACUGCUGGCCAGCUUGAUUCGGAUGACCGAGGAAGAAGAGGGCGAAGCUGAUGGAGAUGAUGAGGCCUGUGCCACAGGGGUAGACAUCAGCCUUGGCCUCAAUGAAGGCAGGCACUCUUCAGGAGAGUCAGAUGUCUCUGAAUCUUCAUCCUCAUGUGGUCGUUGGAGUGAACUAGAGCAGGCGAAUGGCACGUUGGGCAGUGGAACCGCUUCUCAAAUUUCAGAGGCCUUUCAACCUUUGCACUGCAGGCCAAACUACACCAAGCCUUUUAUCAGGGCUCCCCGAUGUUUGAGGCGGAACUCUUCCCAAGGCCCCACUGGGGAGUUGCCUUCAAUCGGACAGUGCGGGAAUUACAGGACGAUGGGCCGGCGCUUCAGCGGGGGCCGGGCGCAGGCAGCAGCCGAUAAACCUUCCGCACUGCAGGCGGCCCGAGCGGGGAGCAGGCGGCUCUCACUCAACGUCAGGAGGAUAUCCUGCACUUAUCCCCCGCCACGCUGGAGGCACGGCAUGCGUAGAAACUCCCUCAACCUGAUGCACAGGAAAUACCCGGCUAAGCGCACAGCAUGGAGCAACUUCCUGUCAAAAGCUAUCGCAAAAUCAGGCCUGCAGCACCUGGUAACUCAACCAAACCCAAGCACAGUCUUUCGGCAUGAUGCAGACCGUGAGGUGCGCAGCACCGUGGAUUGGAUGGAGAAUGCACUGUAUGGUGAGCACGUCUGGUUUGAGACCAAUGUAUCUGGAGACUUCUGCUAUGCUGGGGAACAAAACUGUAUUGCAAAAUUGCUGCAGAGGUCGGUGUCACGGAAGAAAUGUGCUGCUUGCAAGAUAGUGGUUCACACAGUCUGUAUUGAGCAUCUAGAGAAAAUAAAUUUUCGGUGUAAACCAACAUUCCGGGAAUCUGGAUCACGCAAUGUUCGAGAGCCCACGUUUGUCCGGCACCAUUGGGUUCAUCGGAGGCGGCAGGAUGGGAAGUGCAAGCAGUGUGGCAAGGGUUUCCAGCAGAAGUUUUCCUUCCACAGUAAAGAAAUUGUAGCUAUCAGCUGUUCCUGGUGUAAGCAAGCAUAUCAUAACAAGGUGACGUGCUUCAUGCUGCAGCAGAUCGAGGAGCCCUGUACACUGGGCGCCCAUGCUGCCGUGAUCAUUCCGCCAACUUGGAUCAUUCGGCCGAGACGGGUUCAGAAUUCACUGAAAUCAAGUAAAAAGAAAAAGCGGACCUCAUUUAAGCGGAAGUCGAGCAAGAAGGGAGCUGAGGAAGGAAGAUGGAAGCCCUUUAUCAUAAAGCCCAUCCCAUCGUCGCUGAUGAAGCCGUUGUUAGUGUUUGUCAAUCCCAAGAGUGGGGGUAAUCAGGGGUCGAAGAUUAUCCAGUCAUUCAUGUGGUAUCUGAAUCCAAGACAGGUGUUUGACAUGUGUCAUGGAAAUCCUAAGGAUGCGUUAGAACUAUACCGAAAGGUGCAGAAUUUACGAAUUUUGGCCUGUGGUGGUGAUGGCACUGUGGGAUGGAUUCUUUCCAUUUUGGAUCAAUUACAGCUGAACCCUCCGCCUCCUGUAGCUGUACUUCCCCUGGGAACAGGAAAUGACCUGGCAAGGACCCUAAAUUGGGGCGGGGGAUAUACAGAUGAGCCCGUUUCCAAGAUCCUGUCCCAUGUGGAAGAUGGGAACAUCGUGCAGCUGGACCGAUGGAAUCUGUUUGUGGAAAGAAAUGCAGACGCAGUCCCAGAUGAGCGAGAUGAAACAGCAGCUGAAAGGCUACCACUUGAUGUCUUCAACAACUACUUCAGCCUUGGCUUUGAUGCCCACGUAACUCUCGAGUUUCACGAGUCCAGAGAGGCUAAACCAGAGAAAUUUAGCAGUCGAUUUUGGAAUAAAAUGUUCUACGCUGGGACGGCAGUUUCGGAUUUCUUAACGGGAAGUUCUAAAGAUUUAGCCAAGCACAUCAAAGUGGUGUGUGAUGGAUCGGACCUGACAUCAAAGAUUCAAGACUUAAAACUACAGUGCAUUGUCUUCCUGAACAUUCCAAGGUACUGUGCUGGCACGGUGCCGUGGGGAAAUCCCGGUGAACACCAUGAUUUUGAGCCACAGCGCCAUGACGACGGGUGCAUUGAGGUGAUUGGCUUCACCAUGUCAUCAUUGGCUGCUCUGCAAGUCGGUGGACACGGAGAACGUCUCCACCAGUGCCGCGAAGUGACGCUAACGACAUACAAGUCAAUACCAAUGCAGGUGGAUGGGGAACCUUGCAAGCUUGCACCGUCCAUCAUUCGGAUCUCAUUACGGAACCAGGCCAACAUGGUCCAGAAGACCAAGAGGAGGACAUCUAUUCCACUACUCAAUGAUCAGCAGAUGAUAUCUGAAAGCGUGAAGAUAUGUGUGAAUCGGAUCAGCAUGCACGACUACGAAGCAUUGCAUUACGACAAGGAGAAGCUGAAGGAAGCCUCUGUGCCUUUGGGCAUCAUCGUCAUCCCUGGGGAUAGUAACCUGGAGAUCUGCCGCACUCACAUCGAGAGGCUUCAGGAGGACUUCCCCCUGGUCCAUCCCCCGCUCCAGCAUCUGAUCCUGCAGGAGGACAAUGGCAACAAGUCGAGAACCUUGUCUUCACAGAAGCUGUCUCCAAAAUGGUGUUUUCUGGACUCCACAACUGCUGAUCGGUUUUACAGAAUCGAUAGAGCACAGGAGCACUUGCACUACGUGACUGAAAUUUCCCAAGAUGAACUUUACAUCCUGGACCCCGAGCUUGUAAUCACAGAGACGGUGGCAACCUCCCCAGGAAUGCCCGAUUUAGUCGACUCAUCUGACGCCUUCAUCUUCCCAUCCUCUUCUUCACCGCCGCUCUCACCUGUCCCCAGAAUUCUGGAUUUGCAGAAAACCACCCAGAGGAAGCGUAUUUCCAGCGACAGUUCGGUUGCUGAGGCUCUCGCUCACAGUGAAUCGCUCAGAGUCUCAAAGCCCUUGCUCAGCAGGACAGAUGCAAAGGUAGCCAGUGUACAUCGAUCGAAUACCACAGCAGCUGACUUUAAGCCAACAUCCAAACCGUCCACGACGCAGGAUCCAUCGGCAGCUCCGCCAGCAACAAUGUCAAGACCUGAAAAUACCACCACACCGAGUGCAAGUGGAGUAGAUGAGAACCUUCUUCAUGCAAUAAAGAACAGUGACCUACAGCAGUUACAAGCGUUGCAAAAGUCAGGCGCUGAUCUACUGGUGCGAGAUUCUUUAGGACGGACCUUACUGCACCAUGCUGUCAGCGAGGGAAACAAAGAGAUUGUGAAAUACAUCAUUGACAAUGCCUCUCCAGAAAUCCUGGAUUUAACAGAGAAAGAGAAUGGUGAGACAGUCCUACACAAAGCAGCUGCUCUCCGACAUCGAACCAUCUGCCAUCUCCUUGUGGAGGCUGGAGCAUCCCUGAUGAAGACAGACUUACAGGGGGACACGCCAAAAAACAAAGCUGAGAAAGCUCUGGACCUGGAGUUGGCAGCGUACCUGGAGAACCGGCAGCACUACCAGAUGAUUCAGCGCGAGGAUCAGGAGACGGCGGUGUAACCUCCUGCGAGCAGAUGAUGGGGAAUCCCUCCCCCUCUCCCACCAUCUAUCUCCUCCCACCACCUUACCCCACCUCAACCCGCACCGUCCCAGACCCUGCAUGCCUGCUGCCGUUUAUGACAGCAUAGGUUGUUGGCAACUCGAAUCUCAGACGUGUCUGUGAAUGUCGGUGUUUAUUGUUACCCGACCCCCUUUCCUUCCCCUCCACUCAUACCAAAACUGGAGCACGGAAGUCAAAACUAAAAAAAUGGCAUUGUUGCAUUUACUACAAGCGAGCAGUUCAGUGGUGGUAGCAUUCCGACAAGCUGUAUCUCGCCGAUGCAAUGAGUGGAUAAGGUCAACGGAUUUAAUGAAGUUGGAGAGCCUUGGUCAUCUAUCAGCAUUCACGUUAACUUUGCUUAAAUUGCUCAUUACACAUUGAUACCCAAUAGCCCAUGCAGCUUUAUGUUCUUGGGACAUGCCCUCUGCUGUUGUCAUUGCUGGAGUGGUAGCAGAGGUAACAUAUCGGGCUGCAAAGUGAAUACUCACUGCUUGGUAAAAGGGCACAUGUAUCCUAGUGCAGGCUUAAAAGGUUUACAUGGAAUCUGAUAGCUCAGUGGCUGCAUUUUGCGAAAAGAGAACUAUGUGGAAAAGUAUUCUAUUUUGUACACAUUGGAACGUCUCGUUGAGAUGCUAUGUAAUGUUAAUUCAAGCAAAGUCUCCUGCAAGCAGUGUGGAAGACCAUCUCUUCAGGGGUUCUGUCAUGUUUACGGUGGGUUUGCAUGUGAGCGAUGUUGCAUCCAAUGUCCGCUCAUGGUGACUGGGGUACAAGGUAGAGGACAGGAGGACGUGGUCCAUCCCCAGUGCUAGAGAGCACUGAGAGAGUCGGUUGUAAAGAGUGGCUGCUUUUUUUCUCAACAUGCAGGCUGUAACUAGCAAGUUGAUGUACUGCUGAGGGAUGGAGACAGACAUUUAAUAAGCACCCUUGAGCACAAUUGAUUUUAUUUGUUUUAAGUGAAACACUGUUCUUUUUGUUUACUUUUAGUAGGGCAUUUUAGG